UCUUCACCACCAUAAAUUAGCAGCAGAGGAAUGAAAACUUGGUCUCUCAGUCAGCUGGGCUUCCUUCAAGUGCAUCGUGCUGAAUUUUGGAUUCAUUUAGCUAGUGAAAAGAAUGUUACAGGUCUUGUGUGACGGGUGCUGGAGAACCAGUGCAGCUCAACAAAUGUCAAGAGAUCUCGGACUUCAGAAGAUGUGGAGAGCGCACUAGUAACUACAAAACAUCUCAAGGCUAAUGGAGGUCAUAAUGCAUUUUAGAUGUAUAUUAGUCAACUAGCAAAAGAGGCUAAAUGUGGGGUGGGAAACAAGCAGCAAGCACUCUAACAUAAAUCGCCCGGGACCCACCGAAAAUGACAGUCUGCGGAGGGCAAUGAUUUCUCCAGGAAAGAAUUUACUGCAGUAAUCAGGGAAGAAAGAACAAGAUGUAGAGAGGGGGACAAGAACUCCCAGAAAGUCCUGAAGAUGGCAUAAUCAUAAAACUCACCUUCCAGUGAGGUUGGAAACACCUCUGUCUGUGGGGGCAGCCUGGGUCGCAGGCUUUGUUUGGAACUGACGGAACUUGUCCACCCCUUGCCUGAAAACCUCUCUCCUAAUUCAUGAGCCAGCAGGAUGUGGUCGCUGUGCUUUCAGAACGCCUUCUCAUAGCUGCGUACAAAGGCCAAGCGGAUAAUGUGGUGCAGCUUAUCAACAAGGGUGCCAAGGUAGCCGUUACCAAGCAUGGCCGGACACCCCUACAUCUUGCUGCCAAUAAAGGCCAUCUUCCUGUUGUCCAGAUCUUGUUGAAGGCAGGCUGUGACCUUGAUGUCCAGGAUGAUGGGGAUCAGACUGCACUGCAUCGAGCUACCGUUGUAGGGAAUACCGAGAUCAUAGCUGCUCUCAUUCAAGAGGGGUGUGCUUUGGACCGACAAGACAAGGAUGGGAAUACCGCUCUUCAUGAAGCAUCCUGGCAUGGCUUCAGCCAGUCUGCCAAGCUUCUCGUUAAAGCAGGAGCCAAUGUGCUUGCCAAGAACAAGGCAGGGAACACAGCUCUGCACUUGGCUUGUCAGAACAGUCAUUCCCAGAGCACCCGAGUUCUUUUGCUGGGAGGAUCUCGACCUGACCUCAAAAAUAAUGCAGGAGAUACCUGUUUGCACGUUGCCGCUCGCUAUAAUCACUUGUCCAUCAUUAGGGUUCUCCUCAGUGCUUUCUGUUCUGUCCAUGAAAAGAACCAGGCCGGAGACACGGCUCUUCAUAUUGCCGCUGCCCUAAAUCAUAAAAAAGUGGCUAAAAUUUUACUGGAAGCAGGCGCUGAUGGGACAAUUGUCAAUAAUGCUGGUCAGACUCCACUAGAGACAGCCCGGCAUCACAAUAAUCCCGAAGUUGCUCUUCUCCUCACCAAAGCACCACAAGUCUUGCGCUUCAGUCGUGGGAGAAGCCUACGAAAAAAGAGGGAGAGGCUCAAGGAGGAGAGGAGAGCUCAGUCUGUGCCACGAGAUGAGGUGGCCCAGAGCAAGGGAAGUAUCUCAGCAGCAGACACUCCCAGCAGUGAGCAAGCCAUUCAGAAAAAAGGAGAGGCCAAAGAAGAAUUCUACUCAGCAUCUCCAGAACCCCCAGUAAAGAAUAAUCGAAAGAAAAAGCUGAAACAAAAGGUAUCUGCGUUCUCUGACCCCACCUCACCAGCUGACCAGCAGGCUGUUCCUGGGCACCAGAAGAAUUCUCAUAAUCAUCCCAAGAAGAAGAAUAAGCAUCGUUGCUCAUCCCCACCCCCUCCCCAUGAAUUCAGAGCUUACCAGCUGUAUACCUUGUACCGUGGAAAGGAUGGAAAAGUUAUGCAGGCACCAAUAAAUGGAUGCCGCUGUGAACCAUUGAUUAAUAAACUGGAGAAUCAGCUGGAGGCAACAGUUGAGGAAAUAAAGGCAGAGUUUGGAACUGUGCAGGACAAGAUGAACACAAAACUGGGGCAAAUGGAGAAUAAGACCCAACAUCAACUUCGCGUUCUGGAUAAGUUGAUGGGUGAGCGGCUAUCAGCAGAGAGAUCAGAGUGUCUUAACCGUCUACAGCAACAUACCGAGCUGGAGAAGCAUGAAGGAGAAAAACGACAGGUAUCCCUAGUGGAUGAAUUGAAAACAUGGUGUAUGUUAAAAAUUCAGAAUCUGGAGCUGAAACUUUCUGGAGAUUCUAGAGUCUCAAGGCAUAAAUCAACCCCAUCUACUUCUGAAUCUCUCACAGGUGCAGACCAAUCAGUGGUUACUACUACCAGUCCAGCCACUGCUUCUGCUAUCCCCCCUCUGGUUGUUAGGCCCAAGGAAAAGGCACUUAUUAGUUCUACUGCUUCCAAUAGAUUGCAGCAGGAACCAUCAUCAUUAGACUGUGGGAACUCUAAAUUGAGACAUGUUAAGGUACAGACAGCUUUGCUGCCCUCAACUGAAGCAACUAAAUGCGAACACCAGGCUGGUCACUGCAUGGACAAAGGCACUCAAACGAAGAAGUCUGGGAAAAGUGGGCAGACACGGCACAGGCCCCAGCAACAUACAUCAACACAUGUACCUGGCAGUACAUGCACCCAGCAGCAACCAGUAGACCACCAGGCUGGCCCUCCCAUUCGAGACACUUCCCAAGCUCUAGAAAUUACACAAUAUUUUUUUGAGGCUGUAUCUACACAGAUGGAAAAAUGGUAUGAGAGGAAGAUUGAAGAGGCCCGGUGCCAAGCUAAUCAGAAAGCACAGCAAGAUAAAGCUACACUAAAAGAACAUAUUAAGAGUUUAGAAGAGGAACUCAGUAAACUAAGGACUAAAAUACAAAAAGAAAGUUAGCAUCUGGGCAUGGAGGUAUUUAAGUACUUUGGAGCAUAUCUGAUUUUGCUAUGAACAACAAUAGCUGGGAUCAAAGUGUUCAUCCUGGUGCACAAAGACUUGCCUUUAAAUACAAACAUAUAUAUAUAUAUAUAUAUAUAUAUAUAUAUAUAUA